UCGGAAAAAGAUCAUGACUCAGCCGUUGAAAAUGUACUUAAGGUUUUGAAGAACAACAAUGUUUUACUCAAUGAUGAAAAAUGCGUUUGGGGGGAAAGAAAACUUAAUUUUUUGGGUCACGUAUUGUCGGAUGUAGGUAUAUUUCCGGACCCGGACAAAAUUAAAACAAUUUUGGAGUUUAGAGCACCGCAAACAAAAGAAGAAACAAGAAGCUUUCUUGGCCUCAUCACGUACAUUGGAAAAUUUAUACCGGAUAUGGCUGAUACGACAGAGCCGCUGAGAAAGCUACUGAAGUUAGAUACAAAAUUUAUAUGGGGCCCCACACAACAAAACGCUUUUGCAAAACUGAAACAUCUGUUGUCAAACAUACCCACCUUAUCAUAUUUUGAUCCCUCAAAUAAAACAAGGGUCAUUGCGGAUGCGAGUCCUGUGGCUUUGGGUGCAGUCCUUAUACAGUUCAAUUCUAACAAUGAACCGAAUAUUAUUUCUUUUGCCAGUAAAAGCCUUUCGGAGGUAGAAAAAAGAUAUUCUCAAACAGAAAAAGAAAGUUUGGCGCUUGUAUGGGCUGUCGAGAGGUUCUAUUACUACUUAGUAAGACUAGACUUUGAAUUGGUCACCGAUCAGAAGCCUCUUGAAACCAUAUUUAAGCCAACUUCAAAACCACCUGCGAGAAUUGAACGGUGGCUCUUAAGGCUUCAGUCGUUUAAAUUUAAAGUUAUAUACCGCUCCGGAAAAGAAAACAUUGCGGACUCUCUUUCGAGGUUAUGGAAAUUGGAAAGAGCGAAGUCCUUUGGUGACAACGUAGAGAAAUCUAUUUUUCACAUAAUUUCCAAUUCAACUCCAACAGCAUUGACCAUAAGCGAAAUCUCAGAGAAGGGUUCAAGGGAUGAAGAAAUGAUUGAAGCCAUGGAGUAUAUUAAAUGUGACAGCUGGCCAUCAAAUACUAUCAAUAGAUACUUUCCAUUUAGACACGAAUUAACAACAGUUGGUGAUAUAAUCUUGCGCGGCACCCGGGUAGUUAUACCAACAGACCUACGGGCAAAGGUUUUGGAGCUAGCUCAUGAAGGACACCCUGGUGAAUCCGCCAUGAAAAGAAGGUUGAGGGCAAAAGUGUGGUGGCCUUUAAUUGACAGAGAAGUAGAAACCUUUGUGAAAAAUUGUCGUGACUGUUUAAUGGUUUCACGUCCAAAUAAUCCUGCGCCGAUGCAAAGGCAUGUAUUUCCAAAUGGCCCUUGGCAAUGUGUAGCUACAGACCUGUUGGGACCGCUACCGAAUAACGAAUAUCUACUCGUCUUAAUUGAUUAUUAUUCACGCUACCAAGAAAUAAAAUUCUUGAGGAAAAUUACCUCUGAUGAAAUAAUUAACGCUUUCCAAGCAAUUUUUUGUCGCUUAGGAUUACCUAAAUCAUUAAGAGCAGAUAAUGGAAGGCAAUUUAUUAGCACAGAGUUUAGGAAAUAUUGCAAAUAUAACAACAUCACCCUAAUCACGACACCACCCUAUUGGCCUCAAACGAACGGUGAAGUUGAAAAUAUGAAUAAGUCGUUGGUGAAACGCUUGAAAAUCGCCCAUUCAAAAAAACUUAACUAUCUAAAAGAACUUGAAAAUUUCAUUUUAAUGUAUAAUGUUACCCCUCAUGGUACUACCGGAUCCGCACCAACUGAACUGAUGUUUAACCGCACGAUUCGAGACAAGAUACCGGGGAUGCAAGAUAUAUCUGAUGAUAUUUUAGACUCGGCAGCGCGAGACUUGGAUAUGAUAAAUAAACAAAAAGGGAAAAGGAAGGGGGAUACGACCCGCAGAGCAAAACCAUCUGAUAUAAAGCCGGGAGACAAAGUAUUACUUCGCAACGUUGUGGCCUCACAUAAACUUACACCCACGUUUGACUCCACGGAAUACGAAGUCGUAUAGUGUUGUGAAAAUGAAGUGAUAGUAGCGGCUGACGGAAAACGCGUUCGUAGGAAUAUAAGCCACGUUAAGAAGGUACCACUUCAGAUCCAAGGCGAAAACUUAACUCAAACUGCAGUGUCUGGAAUAACACCCCCUGCCACAUCCACACCUCUCCCUCAACCAUCAACCACUGACAGUCACAACGAACUUCGGACCAAUACUUCUGGAAGUAGCAGGCCUGACGACGGAUCCAAAAUACGCUUGAAGCUUUGUAAUAAAGGAGGGAUUUGGAGAACCGAACCAGAGAGCGAACAGCGAGAGCCUGCCAAUGCCGAGUGAAUUGCGUGCAUGUGUGCACGUUCUAGUUGAGUACUAUAUAUACCGUGAAGCUGUGAAGACGUAAAAAACUAAAUCUUUGGAGUAUUAUACUAUUGACGAUUCUUUUAUUAAUAACGCAAACAAGAAUCAAACCAGUUCGCUUAAGAUAUGCUUUUUUGAUGAAUUCGGUUAAUUCGGAAGUUAGUUGCUUGUAAAAAGUGGUUUAUUGCAGUUUGCAAAGUUUAUUAAAAAGUUUUGAGCUAAAUAGAAAUGACUUCCAAUAGAAGACGAUGUAAAAAUUUCGCUGACACACUUUGUUACAUUUGUGGAGAAUACACCUUUAAAGAAAACAUAAGACCUAUUUCGGAAUUUGUUAAAAAAUCGUAUUUAGAUUACUUUGGAGUUGAUCUUGGUGACCAAUAUAAAAGCUGGGCUCCACACAUUGUGUGCAAUACUUGCUGUGUAAAUUUGCGACAGUGGACUCAAGGAAAACGAAAUAUGCUUAAGUUUGGUGUGCCGAUAGUUUGGAGAGAGCCCAGAAAUCAUUUGGACGACUGUUACUUCUGUUUACACGCUGUCCAAUUCCCCAUUCCGAAGAUGUUCCCAUUCCAAAACUGAAUGAUUUUCCAGAGCCGAGUUCGGAAUAUCGAAGACGCAGUAAUUAUUCCUCAACGUUUUAAUCAAUGCGAGUUGAAUAACUUAAUUCGAGAUUUGGCCUUAUCAAAAGAAGCGUCUGAAGUGUUAGCUCAGAGGUUAAAUGAUAGGAAAUUGUUAGAACGUGGAACAAAAAUAACUUAAUACCAAACCAGGGAUAAAGAUUUUUUUAACAUUUUUUACUAAGGAAGGCAAUAUGGUGUUUUGUAUUAAUAUAAAUGGUCUUAUGCAGGAAAUGGGGCUAUCCAACUAUCUACCUAGCGAUUGGCGUCUUUUCGUGGACAGUUCCAAGAGAAGUUUGAAGUGCGCCUUAUUGCACAAUGGUAAUGUGUAUGCAUCAAUUCCAAUUGCGCACUCCACAACAAUGAAUGAGGAAUAUAUAUAACAAAAUUGCAUUAGUGAUGAAAAAGAUAAAAUACCAAGACCACCAAUGGAUCAUUUGUGUUGAUCUUAAAAUGGUCAAUUUUCUUCUUGGACAACGGAGUGGUUAUACUAAGUACCCUUGCUUUUUGUGUCUCUGGGAUAGCAGAUCCAAGCAACAACAUCGGGGGCAAAAAUAUUGGCCUUCGAGAGAAAAAAUGAUUGUUGACGAUAAAAAUAUUAAAUAAUAAAAAUACCACCGUUGUGCAUCAAAUUAGGACUCAUUAAGCAGUUUAUUAAGGCUCUGAAUCGCCAUGGGGAAUGUUUUGCAUAUAUUUGCAGCAAAAUGCCUAAUCUAAGUAGAGAUAAGAUUAGAGGAGGAGUUUUUGACGGUCCCCAAAUAAGGCAGUUUAUGAAUGAACACGAUUUUUAGAAGCCAAUGACCGUAACUGAACGAAAUGCGUGGGCAUCAUUCGUGCAGGUUAUAAAAAAUUUCUUGGGAAAUAAUAAAGCUCCAAAUUAUGUUCAAUUAGUGGAGAAUAUGCUGGAUAAGUUCAGAGACCUUGGCUGCAACAUGAGUAUUAAAAUCCAUUAUUUGCACAAUCACUUGGACCGAUUUCCCGAAAAUUUGGGUAAUUUAAGCGAAGAACAAGGAGAAAGGUUUCACCAAGAUAUCAAAAUUAUGGAGAAUCGGUACCAGGGAAGGUGGGAUACACAUAUGAUGGCAGACUACUGUUGGAAUUUCCAAAUAGACUCUGAUCCGGCUGUUCAUUCCAGAUUGUCUCUUAAAAGAAGCUUUACAUUCGGUAACUAGAAUUAUAUAUGUAUAUGUACAUAUAUAUAUUAUAUUUAUAA